GUUAAACGGUCAGCGAACUAGGUUGCCCACCUUCUACCUAGGGAGCCUGGUUCUUUGUCUGAUCGUAUUGUUUGGAGUGAUGUUCCUCCUUUGUUUAUUGUAAUUGUUCUGGCUUCUGAUAAUGAAAUAUAGUUAGUGUCCGUUUUCCAAAAAAAAAAAAAAAAAAAGUCUCCACGCUCAUAAUCGCAAAUUUAAAUUCCUGUGUCCUUUUCCCCCCAAAAUUCCCCACAAUCACUAACUGCUAUAGCAACGAUGUCGUCUUUGGAGAAGAAGGUGACGGUGAGCAGUUCCGAUGGAGAGGUGUUUGAGCUGUCGCUGACUGUGGCUCAGCAGUCGCAAACUUUAAACCGCAUGAUCGAAGACGAUUAUUGCGCCAAUAAGGACUGCAUUCCCCUUCCGAAAAUUACCGGAAAGAUCCUCGCAAUGGUGGUUGAGUACUGUAAGAAGCACGCAUUGACUUCCAGUUUGAGGGAGCUCAAGGCCUUCGAUGACGAGUUUAUAAAAGUCGAUAUGGACACUCUGUGCGACCUCAUACUGGCUGCGGAUUACCUGUGUAUUAAGGGCCUUGCGGUUCUGACUUCCCUUUCCAUGUCGAGCUCCAUCAUAAAUAAAACUCUACCUGAGCUUUGCCAGACAUUUAACAUCGAUAACUUGACCCCCGAGGAGUUUGAGCAGAUCCGUCGGGAGAACCAUUGAGCUUUUGAGUGAUAUGCUAUAACAAUCCCCAUUUAUGACUGAUUCUGAGUGAUGCUGCAGAUGCUGGAUACCUGGUUUUAACCAUUUGUUUGAAUCACUGAAUGCUAUAUUUCAUGAUGCUACUGUGCUUUUGUUCUUUCAUAUUUUGGACCUUUUGGUGAUC